CAUUGACCAGGGAUCUUGUGUCACCAAUUCAACCUGUCCAGAAUGUGGCCUCUAUUAGGUAUGGAUUCAGACCAUCCGUUCGAGUUGCGAGCCCAACGACCAAAAUGUCAGUCACUCCGUGGCAGAUUUCUCGCCAUCAACGCCGCAGACUACACUUAUAAAAAUGGCCACGACCACCCAACCUGAAGUCCUCUCGAGUGACAGUCCCAUCUAUUGAAUCCAUUCCCUACUGACAAAUACCCAAUUACAAAAUGUCGUCUAUCACAUUACCUCCCUACGACGCAGGAAAUUUCCAACGGUUCAUCGACACACAGUUCCGCGCCAAAGUAGUCCGACCUCCGCCAGGGACAUCAUUCCAUGACCAGACUGUCAUCGUAACAGGAGCCAAUGUGGGCAUUGGACUAGAGGCUGCACGAGUGCUGUUGUCACUCCAGGCGUCACACUUAAUCCUCGCGGUACGGUCAGUCGACAAAGGCGAGGUAGCUGCGGCACCACUUCGCAAAGCAUACCCCAAAGCCAAGAUUGAAGUAUGGCGACUGGACAUGCUAUCAUACGACUCGAUUCGAGACUUUAGCGCAAAGUGUUCGAAACUGGAACGACUCGACGUAGCAAUCCUCAAUGCCGCCUGCAGCAGGAUCGAAUUUGCCAUCAACAAGUCCACAGGCCACGAGGAAACCUUCCAGACCAAUUAUCUAUCAACGGCACUACUAGCAAUCCUCCUCGUUCCCAUCAUGCGUAGCAAGAAACGCACGACGUCUGGGUCCCCUCCUCCUCGCCUCGCCAUCGUCUCCUCCGGUCUAGCCCUGUCCGCCGGAUUUCCCAACCAUGAAGCCGACCCGUUAAUCCCAUCAUUCGACUCUAAAGCCAUCUGGUCCAGCUCUGGCGGUCAAUAUGAACGGUACAGCGUGACCAAAACCCUGGAGCUGAUGCUAGUCCUAUCACUUAGCCGACUCGUCGAUCCCAAAGACGUGCUCAUCACCGCCGUCGACCCCGGUUUCACUCGUGGAUCACAAUUACAUCGUGAUAUGCCCUUGGUGGUUCGCAUCAUCUUGUGGUUUCUCAAGGCUUUUACGGCCCGAAGUUUGACUGAGGCAGCUUGGACUUAUAUUGAUGCGAUCAAUUCUUCAUCUCGUGGUGAGGAAAUUCAUGGGUCUUUUAUCAUGAAUUUUAAAGUUACUCCAUUCCCCUCUCUCAUGUAUACGCCCAAAGGCGAACAAGUCACUUCUCGGUUGUGGAAGGAAACGAUGCAAGACUUUGAGACGGCGGGAUUUAAAGGUCUGGAACAGUCUUUGCGAGGCUGAGAUACCGGUAGAAGUAAGGGGCUGAACGCACAAGAGUGUGAACUUACUUUAGGAUAUACCUGGUUGCUAUGUCAUCAUAUGCUUUAUUUACAAUCAUAUCCCGCAUCCGUUAGACAAGGUUACUUUUCCUUCGCGCCGUUCAUCGGUCCAUCCGCUAGCCGCGCCUAGCCUAGGCAGUCAAGUCAAUUGGUUCAUCUUCAUCAUCUCCAUCGUCCAAUCCAAACGAAACAAGAUUGGAUUACACCAAAAGAAUAAAAACGACAAGGCAGUAUUCCAAUCCGAUUCAACACCAGUGCCGGCUCCUUCGCUGAAAUAGCAAAUAGCAGUUCGCUUCUAGUACCAACCAAUACAAUCCGACUGAAUCGAC